AUGGAAGAGUUCCGGCGCGCCUACAGCCGGCUGUGCCGGGAGCACGGCGCCGAGCCCCAGGAGGCGGUGCUGCGGCAGCUGCAGGAGCCCCACAGGGGCCGGCUGGACCUGGCCGCGCGGAGCCUGACGGCCGACACCUGCGGGGCCCUGGGUCGGCUGCUGCCCAGCCAGGCGUUGUUCACCGAGCUGGUACUCAGAGACUGCAUGCUGAGCGAGGCAGGCACCAGGCUACUGCUCCAGGGCCUCUGCUCCAACACCGUCGUGCGGCUCCUGGACCUGAAGGGCAACAAUCUCUGUGCCGUGGGGGCUGAGGUCCUGGGCAAACUCCUUCGGCAGAAUAAGUCCAUCCAGAGCCUCAACCUGGAGUGGAACAGCUUGGGCGCGUGGGAGGAGGCCUUCGCCACCUUCUGCAUGGGCCUCGGGGCCAAUGAGGCCCUGCGGCAGCUGGACCUCCGCAACAACCAGGUCAACCACAGAGGGGCCGAGGAGCUGGCCCUGGCCCUGAACAGCAACUCCAGCCUACAGCAGCUGGACCUGCGCUGGAACAGCAUUGGUCUCCUGGGGGGACGGGCCCUGCUGAGUAGUCUCCCCAGCAACAGAACCCUGUGGAGGCUGGAGCUGGCCGGAAACAACAUCCCUGGUGAUGUCCUCAAAGCCGUGGAGCAGGCCGUGCACCGUAACCGGGACCGGCAGGUGGCCUUGCGGGAGAGCCAGGAGCGCACCCAUGUGCUAAGCAAGGAGAUUCGCAACCUGCAGGAGGAGAAAUCCAAGCAGUUCCUGGACUUGAUGGAGACCAUUGACAAGCAGCGAGAGGAGAUAGCCCAGAGCAACAGGACUUCAGCCACCCGCGUGGGCCAGCUGCAGGAUGCCCUGAAAGAGAGGCACUCCAUCGUCAACGCGCUAAAGGCCAAACUGCAGAUGACAGAGGCUGCCCUGGCGCUGUCGGAGCACAAGACCCGGGACCUGGGCGAGCUCCUGGCUGCUUCUGAGCAGGAGCGGCUCGGUCUGUCACACAAGCAGGCAGAGGAGCGGAGGCUGGAGCAGCAGGAAGCCUCCGCGCGAGAGUCUAAGCUCCUUCGGGACUUGUCUGCUGCCAACGAGAAGAACCUGUUGCUGCGGAACCAGGUGGAAGACUUGGAGCAGAACGUAAAGUCCCAGCAGGAGCGGCUGUUCCUGGCCAAGCAAGAGCUGACCAACACGGUGGCUGAGCUGAAGCUGCGGGUUGUCCAGGCUGAGGAGCGCCUGGACGUGGAGAAGAGGAGGUUCAAGCAGAGCCUGGAGGAUUCAGAGCAGCUGCGUGUCAGAGAGGUGGAGCACAUGGCCCGGCAUGUGGAGGAGAGUGAGCGGGCCCUGCAGGAGCGGGUGCAGAGGCUGGAGGCCACAAGACUGACCUUGGAGGAGGACCUGAGCCGUGUGAAGGCAGCCGCACUCAGCGAGCGAGGGCAGGUUGAGGAAGAGCUCGUUAAGGCCAAGACCCAAGUUCGCCUGGAGGAGCAACAGCGCCUGGCCCACCUGGAGGAGAAGCUGCGGCUGUUGGCACAGGCUCGGGAUGAGGCCCAGAAUGCUUGCCUGCAGCAGAAGCAGGUGAUGGCCGACGCCCAGGCACGGGCCAGCCAGCUCAGCCUGCAGGUGGAUGGCCUGCAGCGGCGCCUACAAGAGUUACAGCAGGAGCUGAGCCGCAAGGACCAGGAGAAAGUGGCGGAGGUGACCCGGGUGCGGCUCGAGCUGCAGGAGCAGACGGGGCACCUGCAGGCCCAGCUCACGGCACAGGAGGGGCUCAGGGAGAAGGUGGCUGCCCUGGAGCGCCAGCUGAAAGUCAUCUCAAGUGACCACCGGGAGGCGCUGCUGGACAAGGAGAGCGAGAACGCCUCCCUGCGGGAGAAGCUUCGCCUCAAGGAGGCGGAGAUCGCGCGCAUCCGCGAGGACGAGGCCCAGAGGGCCAGCUGUCUGCAUAACGCUGUCCUGGCUUACGUACAGGGGGCGCCCCUACGGGCCCUGAGUCCUCAGAAGUGA